CGAAAUUAUAAACUGCGUAUACACGUAUUCAUUAUUUGUUAUCUUACGAUAAUUCCGAUUCCCGGAUGCACUGCAAAGUAACAUUAUGAGAGAAAACUUCAUACAAGUAAAAAAAGCGAUAUCCUGUUAAUAGUCAUAUCUGUUUUGUAUUCGAUAGUUUGCCAGUCAACUCGUCACGUUAUGUUCUACGUAUAUGUAAAAUAUAAGCGUGGAUCUAGUGCAUAUAUAUGCGCAUAACGCGUGCAUGUGUGCAAUGCAUAUGUGUGUUUGCUGUGGUUAGUCGUCUCUCCAAUCGUCACUGUUAGUUAUUCCAGCAUGAUGAAUGCACCGCAUUGAUUCUAAAUCGUUUUAGCGUCCGUGUUACGUUUGCCAAUAGAUAAAUAGAAGUCUCUUGAUAUUUGGUAUAAUGUGAUUUAGUAUUUUUUGUCAUAAAAUGUGUAUGUACCAUUGUCAAUACCGGUAGUGUAUACGCCCACAACACGUUGAAUGUGUUUUCUUUCGCGAAAAGAUCUCGCGAAAAUUGAAAUCGAGGGAGAACUUCGCCGAGGAAGGAGGUUAAUAAAGUGCUAGUUUUUAAAAUCGUUUUGAACUGAAGUAAUGGGCCGUGAUACUUGAUACGGCCAUUCAUUCUUGUUCGUAUUGUGUGUUUUUCGAAUAGAACGCGACUGACAUAUAGCGGGAAUUGAUUUUUCAUAUACGUGCAAGCUUGCGGCGCACAUGUGUGUAUCUAUUGAAUAAAAUAUAAAAAUAAGUAAGGAAUGGGAAUUGACAGUAUGAGAGUCGGAGGAGGCCGAUGUCCUCCCCUCCUCGUCGCCGGGCUUCUUGCUGCUUGUUUAAUGCUAAUUUGCAACUGGUGGACGUUGUCUUCUGAAAAUAUUGAAUUACUUAGACAGUUCGAUGAAUUAAACGAACAGCUUAAAAUUAGUGCUGAAGAGAGAGAUCAAUGUGUUACAUUACGUGGAACUUUGCAACAAAGAUACAAGCAUGCAGAGGAUGAAGUAAACUCACUUCAUGUACGUUUGGAACAGCAAGCUGAGUUGAAGAAGAAAAAUGAUGAAUUGGAAGAUUCUAUUAAUGUAUGCAAAAGUGAAUUGGAAUCAUUGAACAAAUUAGAUGCUACUAAAACUGCAACAUUGGAAACGUUAAGACUUGAAAAAAAUACCAUUAAUACACAAUUAGAUGUAAAAAGAGAUGAAAAUAAAAAGUUGCAGGAAGAAAUAGAGCAGCUGCAAGAGAAGUAAUUAACAAGAUACAGUUGGGUACUGUUCCGGAAUCAGCUGUAACAAUAUCCUUAGCUGGUCAGCGUGGUUUGAAAUAUCAUGGAAUUCCAAUUCUUCCAAAAGACCCACCUGGCGCUGUGCGCCUAAGUCCUCGCUUCUCUGUUACAAACCUGAAAGAAAAUAGCAAAGCAGGAAAUACAGGAAUUACGGAUGAGAACAUAAUAGAAAGUGGAAGAGAUCAACAUACAAAUGGAGGAACCAUUGGAGAUUGAUAAUGAAUUAAAAGAAAUAAUUCGUGCAAUAAUUAAAAAAAAUAUGUCACACAUUUAUUAAACAUGAAUUAUAACUUUUUUCAAAACAGGAAGUGUUUUGAAUGCUUUACACAAUUCAUAAUCAUUCAUUUAUAAUUAUUGAUAGAAGUUUAAAAAUAAACAAUAUAUUUGCAAUAUCUUUGAUGAUGCAAUUACAUAAAUUAAAAUAUAUGUAUUUUAAAGAAAUAGAAAAAAAAUUCUUAGAUUUUUUAAAUAUUAAUUUAUUGCGUUUAUAUUAUACAUCAAAUUAUAUGUCAAAUUUUUAUGACUUUAUAAGAUAUUUGUUCAUUACUUUAUACUGUUAUAUUUUUCUUAUUGAAA